AUUACACCAACCUCACCCGCCAGGUUUAAUAAUUGCGGUACUGGAAUGUACAACUCCAGGUCUCCACAUAGAAGUCCAUGGAGUUCAAGUAGUCCUAAUGCAAGACAAGAUCAUUUUCAGAGACCGAGAUUUACUGGCCACCCUAGAUCUCCAAUUACUUUAACUCCGCCUUUUGGCAAUGAAAGAUUCCCUCGGUAUCCACAAGACUCUUCAUUUUAUUGGAGUUCACCACCUCCUGUUAACUGUUCACCUUAUCAAACUAACAGUCCUGCAAGAUAUGGUACGCCAAAUUUUAACCAGUCAUCAUAUCAACAAAGCUUUUAUUCUCCUAUGAGCUCUUAUGCUACACCGGGCUCAUCAUGCUUACCUAACUGCAAUUCACCUAUGAAUAUGCACUAUAAUUCAGUAUCCAGUGGUUCAUAUUCAACUGCACAAGAAGAUUUAAGCUGGAAAUAUGAUACAUCCUACUCUAAUUCUUCAAUAUGUAAUGCCAACUCAUUUUCACCAAGAAACAGUGGCAGAAAAUUCGGUGAAAACCGUAAUCAUCCAGUGAAAAAUUGGAUUGUUGCCAGCUUAUCAGAUCCUUGGGAAGGCUUGAAACCAGUUCGUACACCAUUGUCGGGUUAUUUAGUUGAUAAACCACCUGCCCAAACACACACUAUUCUGUUCGCUCCUCAUGAGCGUCGAAGAAAAUUGGAGCUAGACAAUGGUGAAAAGAAUACAAUUAGUCCAACAAAGAGAAUACAACUAGUCGGUGCAGAAUGAAUUUGUAACUAUUAAAAUGUUUUUUAUUUCAUGUAUAUUUAUCAUUCCUAUAUAUAUACAUACAUGAAAUAUUUAUUUUUGUACAGUAGUUAUUACCAGGUUUUCGAAGUUUUCUUCUGAUUAAUAAAUUAUCAUUUAUACCUAUUCCUGAGCUGCAAUCCUUGACUCCACAUUAAUUGAAUAUUUGGUGCGCUAACUCCACAUAAGAACUUGUAAGACAUGGCUUCGUCCUCAAGUUCAGUACAUUUUACAAGCAUUCUCUAUUGAUAUGUUCUAUCUUCCUCUUUUCUUCAGGUGUCAGUUGUAUUAAAAAUAGGAUGUGAGAGUCUGUAAAAAGAUAUUUGUGUUGAUUUUUACUAUUAUAAAAGUGAGAAUUUUUACAGAAUUAUCUUGUUCAAAGAAAGUGAUGACACAGGCAACGUGUAACGUGAAACAGUGGUAUAUCAGUUCAAAUUCCAAGAGUUCA